AUGCAAGUGGUGAUUAUCCAUCCAGAACAAUGGAAUGGUGGAUCGGACCGAUGUAGUGUUGCUCUUCUGAAUCAUUUUGUCUCUCAGGGACACCAAGUUAUCUGGUUAACAACUAUGAUCGACGAUUAUUGGAAAGAUCACAAGUUCGAGGGUGUUGAAAUUCGAAAUUUGGACAUGCGUCUCCAUCCUGGAGAUUGGUGGAGUCAGAACGUUGCUCUUGGCUGGCACAUGAUGAGAAGUGAUUUGAACCCAGAUGUCUGUGUGAUCGAUCACUCAGCCAGUUGUGUUCCUAUGAUCAAGUACCGCUUCCCAAAAUGCAAAAUUCUGUUUUAUUGUCAUUUCCCACAACAGCUGGUUACUCCUUCUAGAUUUUUCUUGUACAGAUGGUACUCUAAGAUUAUUGGAACCAUUGAGAGCAUGAUGUUCGAGCAAGUUGAUUGCAUAAUGGUCAACAGUCAUUUCACUGCUUCGCACUUCCAUAGAGUGAUGCCCCAGAUACCGAAUGAAAAAGUGAAGGUUGUUUAUCCCCCUUGCGAUGUGGAUGCUAACAUUUCGGCUUCAGUUGCAAUCAGUAGGAGAGCCCGUCCCGCUAAUGCUAAGUAUACUUUCAUGUCCAUGAACAGAUUCUGGCCGGAAAAACGUUUGGAUAUUAUUGUUAUAGCUGCCGCCAUUUUAAAAAAGGAAGGUCACAAGUUCCUAGUUCAAAUCGCUGGAUCAGUAAUGCCUCUUAUUCCUGAAAGUAAAAUAUAUUAUGAACUAUUGAAACAAAUGAUACAGGAUUUGGAAGUCGAAGAUGUUGUACAAUUGAUUGCUUCACCCACGGAAGUGGAGAAGUUCGCCUUAUUCAGAGCAUGCGAUUCAGCUCUAUAUACGCCUCCCGAUGAACACUUUGGAAUUGUCCCUAUUGAGGCUCUUGAUCAACGCCGACCUGUGAUAGUUUGUGAUAGUGGUGGACCUGCCGAGACAGUUAUCGAAGAUGUUACGGGUAGCAAAGUAAGAACAACUUAUUUUUAUUCUGCUCAAGGAUUCAUUUCAGAUAGAGUCUCCCACUGGUGA